AUGGCGAUGGAGGAGGCGGCGCGGCUGGAGGAGCCGGGACUUGCGGUGGAGACCUCGGAAUCGGACUCGAGCGAUGCGAGCAGCACGGACAGCGGCAGGGAUGUGGCGGACGGGGCGACCACGACCUCGUCCCCGCAGCAGACAAACAGCGCGAUCGGGAAGCGUGAGGGGGCGCGUCGGGGAGAGGGCAGCCCCGUGAGCCAGCAGCCCCAAGAAGGGGGCGCGCACGCGGCUGGGUGCGCCAGCAAGGGCUACGCCUCCCUGGAGCAGAGGCACGAGAAACCCCUGGUGGCCAUCGACUCCGACAGCGAGGAUGAGAUGACACUUUCGCGCUACUCCUCGUCGGGAUAUUCUUCUGCAGAGCAAAUCAACCAGGACCUGAACCGGCAGCUGCUGAAGGACGGGUACCGCCUGGACGAGGUCCCAGACGACGAGGACCUGGGACCUCAUCCCCCCCAAACCAUGAGCCCCGCGUGCGUCUGCUGCCAGCUCGCGUCUCCCUCCACCACGUGCAAUGUUGCAGUAGGGCUUGGGACGCAACCACCACCACCAUCAAUACCACACCACCACCACCAUCAAUACCACAACCACCACCACCACUACAACGACCUGUCCUAAUACUAACAGCACUACCACCACCACGACACUGCUGUUGCCAGCUCGUGUCCUCCACCGCCACGUGUAACUUGCGGUAGGGGCGGCACCUAAACUACUACUACCACCGCUACCAAUACACAGACACAACCGGCACCGAUCAAUACCAUCACCAAUACCAGCACAACCGCCCGCGAUCAAUACCAACACCAAUAAGACCAAAUACCACAAGCACUGAUAUCACAAUAACCACCAUCUCAGCCACCACCAGUCCCUCGCAUCAACACAACCACUGCACUCAACACCAGCACCACAACUGCCAACAGCUAUGCCACCAGCACAAUAAAUACCAAAACUCCUACCAACCACCACCACCACAGUGGGGUGCAUAAUGCUGGUAUUGGGUGUUCCGCUUGAUGGGUGGUGAUGGUGAUUAUAUAGAUGGUGAUGAUAGUGAUGGUGAUGAAGCGAUUGAUGAUGGUGGUAGGUGGCGAUGGUAAUGAUGAUUACGCUCACAUAGUGGUGAAGCUGGCGAUGAUGAUACACCUGUUCAUUAUGGUAAUCUAUUGAUGAGAGUCGAAGAUGAGGAUGGCAAUUAAGUUGGUGGUUUUGAUGGUGGGUGAGGGAGCUGCCGUCACUGGUGAUAUGGUGAUGUAGAUGGUGAUGUGCUAGUGCCUAUGUCUUGUGCUCCCUCACUCGCUCUAGACAUUAAAACUGACGAUUAUGGUGAGGCUGCUGAUGAUACUGAUGAUGAGGAUGGUGGUGGUGCUGAUGGUGAAGGUGCUGCUGUUGUUAUGAAGCCUGUGGGAUGAAAUUGCUCAUGAUGGUGAUAUUGAGGAUGUUGGUGAUGGUAAUGUUGAUAAACCUGCUGGUGUUGUGAUGAUGGUGAGAAUAAUGGUGGUGAUAGUGGUGAUGAUGAUUUCUGAAGCUGCUUGCUGCAGAUAAUGAUGGCAAGGAAUACGAUUAUUCACGAUGGUGGUGAUGGUUACAUUUUAGCUGAUAGCGAUGGUAUUGAUAAUGGCGAUGUUGAGAGUGACGAUCAUAAUGUUGAUGGCAGUGGUAAUUAUGAUGAUAAUAGUGAUGUUGAGGAUGAGGCUUGGUGCCCGGUUGACAUAAUCCCGUGCCUGCUCCAAGCCAGGCUACUGGAUUCUAGAAUUUUAAAACUCUCUCCCGCUGGUGAUGGAGGCAUUGCUCGCUUCCCCCACGACCCCUCCCCCCCCCCAAGACCCUCACCUUUCAGGACCUCCCCCAAGUUCACCCUAAACUCCAGGCAUCUCAUAGGACGCCCUAUGAAGCAAAUGCCAAUGAGAUUCACCCAGUGAAAAUUUUGAUUUCAUACAAAUAUGAACACGGUUUACCGCCACUGACUCCAGCGGAGCUGCCAUCUAGCUCCAUUCAUUGCACGCCUCGCCUAUAACACCUGGUAUUGCCAGGGCCGUCUCCCACCCAAGCGCCAAGCGGGCUGAAACCCCGCUCAGCCUGACAAGCUCAGGUCACAGGCGAGCGAUAGGAUUCCGCGUUACCCACGGGGGCAUGCGGAGCGGUGGCGCAGCGGUUAGGGCACUGCGCCGUGUGAGCCAGGCGGGGCUGAGUUUGCGGUCACCACGGCUAACAUCAGUGGCGAGGGAUAUCAAAAAUCGGUGCUUGCCAACUCGCACUGGCCAGAGUGGUGAAGUACGGCUCUUAACAAAAUCCACAUGACCGACUAUGGUAUGGGGACGCCUUUAAUCCAUUGGUGGAUUUAAAGUGGCUGGGAUGGUUACAAUGACCAUGCGGUAAGUGGGACCAGGGCCCUCUCUGGGUGGUGGGGGUUCUGGGAGAGGAAGGGGGGUGGGGUUGGGUCUGAGGGGGGCGGGGAGUUUGGGGGCCGUCCCCCCUCCCCCACUAUUCGGUCCGCCCCACAUUUCAGUGUCACUUUUUCGAGGCCACGUGGCUCUUUUUAAUUGAUAAUUAGCGCUAUUUAUUUAUUUAUUUGUGUCUGACUUUGCAUGAUGAUGCUGCUGCGUCAGCGAUUUGCACUAUGAGUUGCGUCCGGUGUAUUUUAUUUUUCUUUUGAGGGUGGUGUGUGGGGGGAGUUGGUCAAGGAGAGGGGGAUGGAGCGGGAGGGGAGGCUUUCAGCCCCGCCACUCGCUCCCCACCACCCCCUCUUUGUUUUCGUGCCCACGUCGCGGCGCCACAUGACCCCUGCUCGUUCUGAUUGCGAUGGUGUGAGAGGAUGGCGACUGCUCUGCUGCUGAUGCUGAUGCUGUAUCCGUGGUUGGUCACUCUGCAGACAAUAAAAAUCGCUAUCGCCGCGCGAGCGACAGCUCC